GUAGAGAGGUAGGGGAAGGAGAGAGAGAGAGAGAGAGAGAGAGUAGGAGAGAGAGAGGAGGAAAGGCGUGUUACCAGCAUGGGAGGACUGGGAGAGAGGCAGAGGAGCAACAGGAGAGGGAGAGACCAGGACAUAGUCGGAGAAGGGGAAGGAGAGCGACAUUGUCGAGCAGAGGGUCACGCUGGGGGGGGGGGAGAACUAAGGAGAGAGAGAAAUAGUAAAGUAGGGAAAUUAAGUGUGUGUGAAACAAAGAAAGCGCCUGGAGGGAAGGAGGGGUGGAUGGAGCUAGAAAAAUCCACAUGUCCACAUGUGACUGCAGCAUGACGCAGUUGGAAAGUGUGUUUUUCAAAGUGUGUGUAGAAGAAGAGAAGGGGCUGGGUGACCGAGAGUGUGUAUCCCUCCCCGGGUCCCUGCAGCGGGGCUGAACAAGAGCCAGGAAAAGGGGGACGGACCUUCCUCUCCUCCUUUCCAGCUGACAAAAACAGCUGCCGCGGAGCUGGAGCCAGCUUCGAAGACCGAGAGGAGGAGGAGAAAACGAAAGGGUACACAGUGCGGGACACCCGUCCAUCUACAUGGGCUGCGUCCUGAGUACGGACUGGUGCGGGGAGCACGAGGUGCGACCGGUGGCGGUGGUCAGAAGUUCGUCCCUGAAGAGAAGGAGUCUGGAGAGGAGCCAGAGUGGCAGCAUGAGGCUGACGAAGGUGGGGAAGGGAGAGCCCCACGUCUUCAAGGAAAAGACCUUCAAGAAGAAGCGGCAGUGCAGCGUGUGCCGCCAGAACGUGGACCACACCGGCUCUUUCUGCAGAGUAUGCAAGACAGCCACCCACAGGAAGUGUGAGGGAAAGGUGACCUCGGCGUGCAUCGCGCCCCCUUCCAAUGAUCUGCAGCGCAGAGGGACCACGCCGUCAAGACAAAUCCAGCACCUGGGGUCCACCAAGUCGCUGACCUAUACCAAACAGAGGAACACUUUGCCAAGGAGCUUCAGUGUGGACCGCGUGAUGGAGAGAGUGAUGGAGCGCCACUACGACUUCGAUCUGACCUACAUCACAGAGAGGAUCAUCUCUGUGUUCUUCCCCCCGAAGCUUGAGGAGCAGAGGUACCGCCUCAACCUGAAGGAGGUGGCUGCCAUGCUAAAGUCCAAACACCAGGACAAGUUCCUGCUUCUCAACUUCUCCGAGAGGCGCCACGAUAUCAACCGGCUGAAUACGAAGGUCCACGACUUUGGCUGGCCCGACCUCCACGCCCCACCGCUGGACAAGAUCUGUGCCAUCUGCAAGGCCAUGGAGACGUGGCUGACCUCUGACCCACAGCACGUAGUGGUCCUCCACUGCAAGGGCCACAAAGGUAAAACAGGCGUGAUUAUUGCAGCCUACAUGCACUACAGCAAGAUCUCCGCAGGAGCCGACCAGGCUCUCAGUACUCUGGCCAUGAGGAAGUUCUGUGAAGAUAAGGUGUCCUCUUCCCUCCAGCCAUCCCAAAACAGGUAUAUCUAUUACUUCGGGGGCCUUCUCUCCGGGGCGAUCAAGAUGAACAGCAGCCCUCUCUUCCUGCACCAAGUUCUGGUCCCAUCACUCCCCAACUUCCAGGGCGAAGGAGGUUAUUACCCAUUCCUGAAGAUCUACCAGUCCAUGCAGCUGGUCUACACUUCCGGCAUAUAUGACCUUCAGGGCACCGGAGGCAGGCGGCUGUGUGUGACCAUCGAGCCGGCGCUGCUGCUAAAAGGGGACAUCAUGGUCAAAUGCUACCACCGGCGAGCCCAGAGCGCUGACCGAGACACCGUGUUCAGGUUGCAGUUUCACACCUGCACAAUCCACGGGUCCCAGCUGUGGUUCGGCAAAGGGGAGCUGGACGAAGCUUGUACCGAUGAGCGUUUUCCGUCUGAUGCCACAGUUGAGUUUGUCUUCUCCUCUGGACCUGAGAAAAUCAAAGGCCGCGAGUACCAGAAGAACGACCCAUCUGUCACAGUCGACUACAACACAGCUGACCCUGUGGUGCGUUGGGACUCCUAUGAGAACUUUAACCAGCGAUAUCAGGACAGCCUGGAAGUUGAUAUUGCCCACACCAGAGGGCCCGUGGAUGGCAGCCUCUACGCCCAGAUAAAGAAGCGCCGAGGUCCCGGCUCCGGUUCUCUCACCUCAACCAAUGGCAGCAGCCCGGCGGCGGGCCUUGAUGAAGACAGGCCAGAUCGCGUCUUCUCUCACGGCUCUGACUCUGCCCUCUCAGCCCAUUCCGUCCAUUUGAACCAUUCAUCCGUCCAUCCAGAGCGCCAGGAGGAUUCCAUCAGCCCGCUGCCUCCGACCAGGCAGGAGAGAGAAGACCUGGCGCGUCUUCUCGGAGGCAUAGAGGGACACCGCGAUGGAGAGCGGGAGACGGCCAUCUUGGAUGACGGCGAUUCUUUGCCGUCUGACAGAAGCGGGACGCUGAGGCUCAGCCGGUCCUGCUCCUGUCGGAAUGGGUACCGGUCACAGCGGUGCGCCGAGCCCGGCUGCGACCGCACCCUCCUCAUGCCCAACGGGUACUGCCUCGACCGGGCCCCUGGCACCAAUGGCCACCACGGGGCGACGCCUUCUGUCAGCCCCAACCCAGCGUCUCCUCCGUCACACAUGGAUCUGUGCCAGCACUACAGCCCCCACUCCCACCAGUCCCUUCCGCCUCCGGAUCUGGUGUGGGACCGCCAGCACUACCUGCACCGCUCCUGCUCCGAGGCUCCCUCCCCUCGACAUGUCUGCCCCUACCCAUUGCCAGACCCUCACUCUCACAACCACCCGCACCACCACCCCCUGUCUGCCCCGGGUCGCCUCUGCUGUCGCGAGGACGACUACCGCCCCUAUCACCCCUCUCCUCCACCUCACAGCCACCACCACCUCCACCCGCACCACCCCAAACCCUCCACCAGCCCUACCUACCACGAUAUAGUGCUAAUGGAUGGCCUACCCACACCUGGCUGCCCUUGCAGAGACUGCAGUAUCAGGAAAGACGACUCGGCGGCCUAUCACAGCCUGAGGCUGGACCAAGGUGACUGGGACAGAGAGGCGGAGCUUCAGCACAGGGAGUUGGGGCUUAGGAGAGCCCGGGAGGCGGAAUUACCCAGAGGGUCAGAGCUCCACUGGGAGAGGGAACCUGGGCUGAGACGAGGCAGAGAGAUGUCCCUCCACUGGGAGAGGGACCGGGAGGCGGAGCUUCAGUGGGAGCGGGACAGAGAGGCGGAGUACUGGCACAGGAGGGCCACCGUGGCCUCUUACGGCCCACAGGGCCACGAUCUUCCGGCCUUCACGUUUGACCCCUUGCCAUCGGGUCACCCGGCUUAUCCAGAGGCGUCGAGGUCCCACGCUCAUUCCCACAUGGACCAGAAGUACAGCAGCAGCAGCAGCGGUUACCAAACGCCUCGACAGGUGUACCCCUGCUCGCCGUACCAGCCCUCGCCGUCUGAAAGCAGGGGCUACGCAUCGGGCUACCAGUCCGAGUCCACGUCCCCGCUGCCCCCGGCUUCCUCCAUGACGGGGCCCUGCAACCGUAGCAAUGUGCCAGCAGACCACAACCAUCCAGACACACAGCAUUCAUACGGCUCUGACUCACAGACUGACGGCCUCAGGAGCUCUGGAGAAAGUGUAGGCUGGAGGGAGAACAUCACCCACGGUUCCUUUAAGAGGGUCCACAGAGACGGCCACGCCGCAUGCUCCACACCAUCAGACAUGUCUGGACCGUCCACACCUGUCCACACCAGCAGCCCCCUGCGCACACAGGAGAGCCCUAGUCCAGGAGGCAGGAGUAUGAGGGAGUAUGAGAUCCGGACCACAGACAUCAUUGGUAGUGACUACGAGACUUCCCAGGACGAACACAUUCGCACUGAUCUCAUCGCGGAGGAGUUCCUUGAAAGCCGGAGAAGCAGCGCAGAGCCGCCAUCGGCCUCACCUGCGCAAACCGAGCCCCCCAACCACUGUACUGCACCACCUGACCCGUCCCGUAGCGCGCCCCAACAGAAGCACUGUAGCCCAAGCGCUCCGACAGCGCAGAGCCCGUCUUCUUUUGAUCCUGCAACGCCGACCACAUCAAGCGAGGGGCUCAGCCGGGCUCCCUCGUCUCCAAUCCGCACUUUGUCGGCACUGGACACCCCCUCCCAACCGGAUUCUCUUGCUCCGCAGGCACCCCAUCCCUCCCAUCCCUCAGAGGCGGCUGCUCUGCCUUCCACUGUGGCGCAGGCGGUGCCCCGGCCUCAGGGCAACACCCACAGCCAAGGCGCUGGAACAACAAGACCAGCACAAGUCACCGGUCAACCCUUAGAAGCUGCAAAAUCUACAAUAACCCCCCCCCACAACGCCACGUCUGCCCCCGCAUCUCCAACCCCAGCUUCAUCUUCAACCGCCCAACCGGCCUCCAGUAGUACGGAGAGCUCCCCGGUCUCCGACACCCCGGUUCCCGGCUUUGCAACUUUGGGUAGAAGGCUGAUGUUGAGUGGGCUGGACCCCCUCAACCAGAACCACAUUCAGCAGCACGGGCCCCCACACCUCCACUACCCAGCCACCGAGCACGCCCACCCACAAGACACAAGCAAGAGGCCCUGCUACCCCGCUCUCACUCCUCAGCUCCACCCGUCCUCCUACUCCAACUACCCCACCAUCUCCAUCCCCCUCCCUCACCCUCACCCCCAUCCGCCGCUGCCAGAGAAGCGCCACCCGCCCGUCCCGCCGGGCUUCCCCAGCGACGGGGCGGCGACUCUGAGGCAGGCCGGGGGCCACGCGCCUCCCUCCAACAGCCAGCAUCAGCUCCACGUCACCUUCUCUCCCACCGUGGGGGAAAUCGCAGCCCCCGCAGGCCAGAACGACGAGUCGGCGUCUGUUGAGAACGCAAAUAGUGUCAGUGUGAAGUUUGUCCAGGACAGUUCACGCUUCUGGUACAAGCCUGGAAUCUCCAGGGAGCAAGCAAUCGCUGCUCUGAAGGAGAGAGAGCCGGGAACCUUCCUGAUCAGGGACAGUAAUUCUUUCCAGGGGGCCUACGGCCUCGCCCUGAAGGUUGCUACUCCUCCUCCCCAUGUCAACAACCACAGCAGCAAGGUGAGCGACCCUCUGGAACAGCUGGUCAGACACUUCCUCUUAGAAACUGGCCCCCGAGGAGUCAAGAUCAAAGGGUGCCAGAAUGAGCCCUACUUUGGGAGUCUGUCUGCAUUAGUCUACCAACACAUCAUCACGCCCAUCUCUUUGCCCUGCGCCCUCAAGAUCACAGAGAAAGAUCUCAUAGGAGAGGUGCCGGAGGUUCCACCUGUGAAUAACAUCAGCACGGCUGCUGACCUGCUGAAACAAGGAGCAGCCUGUAACGUCCUGUACCUGAACUCUGUGGAAACAGAGUCUCUAACCGGCCCCCAGGCCAUCGCCAAGGGGACAGACGCGUCCUUGGGUCGUAGCCCCCGUCCUGCUGCCACUGUGGUCCAGUUUAAGGUGACGUCGCAGGGCAUCACGCUGACCGACAGCCAGCGCAGGGUUUUCUUUAGGAGACAUUACCCAGUGAGCAGUGUCACCUUCAGCAGCAUUGACCCUAAGGACAGGAGGUGGACUAACUCACACAACACCGCUGAUAAAGUGUUUGGUUUCGUGGCCAAGAAGCCGGGCAGCUUGGCUGAGAACGUCUGCCACCUGUUUGCUGAGCUGGACCCCGAGCAGCCCGCCACCGCCAUCGUCAACUUCAUCAACAAGGUCAUGUUGUCACAGCGUCGGUAGAGGGAGGCAGGGAGGAGGCCUGCGCAGCUCCUGGGCCUCAUGUUGGGCCUCAUGUUGGGCCUCGGCCGGGACUCUUUGUCCAUUGGCUGGCGCGAAGGCCAUGAGACCUACUGAUCCUUUUGUUGGUUCAAUUUCCCACUCCCUACUUGGAUAAAACACUCAAAUGUGUUCUGAUAUAGUGCAGUAAAAAACGAAAACAAAGCCAUGACGUAAGGUUUCAGAACCUCUCCAAGGAAGGAAGAAUCUGCCACAGUGGCUUUCCGAGAACAAAAAAACCCCGACAGAUAUACCAGGACCCUCUUAUCACAAAGAGGAAAUGAAGAGAUUCAGUUUUACGGGUCAUGCUCCCUUCCGUCUGAUCACCUGUCGAAACAUGGCUUUUAGUGCCUCAUCACCAGACUUAUGACACGUAUGGAUCCGUAUUUAUUUUGCACACCGUUAAUAAGCUCAAUUAAUCAUAGAUCUUAACAUUCUGGUGAGAUUGGCCUCAGUAAGCAUUUUUUUUUUUAUUACUUUACCACGUGGGUGUCACAUUAAAACCGCCCAAAGAGCACAUUUUCUAAACCAGCUGCUUACUGGGAGCAAUGGUAUCGUUAAAGGUGGAUAAACGUUAAAGGUAUCUCCCAUGACGGAUGUAGUACAGUUUGCAUGUGAUCUGACCGAACCACACCGACUCAGGUAGACCACAGAGUUAAUUGUUUUAAGCUCGUUAAAGAACACAGAGGGGGGGGGGGGUUGUAUUGUUCCUGUUUUAGUGUUGUAGGGUUAAUCAUGAAAAACAUAUACAUACAUACAUACAUAGAUGGUUAAGGUUUAUAAGAAAUACCAAGAUGAUGUUCUACAUCCGGUCCCAUUUUGCAUUACGCAUCCCAGCAUGAGGAAGUAGUUUGACCCAAUUUAGAGCACACUGCUUGCAACAGUAAGUUCUUUAAAAGGUCAACCAAACUCUCAGGCUUCAUGACCGCAGUCCUCCAGAGGGACGCACAGCUGGAAGCCCGUCAGCGCAGACCUACCUGUUAAAGACAGCUUUAGCAUCAAAGUACAGAUGACACAAGUGCCAGAAAGCAGCUUUAAAGAGUUCCACAUAACGGCUGCCUCUAAACACGGUGUUUAUAGUUUGUUAUUUAGUUCCUGUGUACAGAUGUUGGGGUAUAUAUAUGAUGCGUGCAGCAGCAUUUACAGCCACUCGCCUUUUUAUUGAAGUGUGUAAGCGCAUUUAAUCACAGUCGACAAUCAGGCUUUGUUGUUUUCUUUUAACUGAAGUACAUUUACAGUUUUUCUCUAUUGGUUUGGCUCAAUUCUUGAAACAGAAAUUACAUUCUCAAAGCUCUUAAUGCAUUUGGUAAAAUAGCCUAUAUGGUUCAGCACAACUACAUAGAUCACCUUCAAAAGGUCAUAUCUCACCCAAAACAGUUAACUCAAGCUUCAAAACCAAAUCAUUUUCUCAUAAAAAUAGUCAGUGCCCCCAAAAUGAAAACUUCCUUCUCGAUUGCUGUGGCUCAUCUAUCUCUCGAAAAAACGACAUUCUCAAAGCUUUAAAUACAUUUGCCAAAAUAACCUAGAUGGUUUAGCAAAACACUAUGGCACACCUGCAAAAGGUCAUAUCUCUCCCAAAACAGACAACUCAUCAGUCACAACGAAUUCCUUUUCUCAUACAAACAGUCAGUGCCCCCAAAAUGAAAAGUCCAUUUGUCAUUGUUUAAACACUGCAGGUCAAAAUGUUUAGUUGUUUUGUCACUAUGGCAGAGGACCAUUGAAAUCCCUCAUGUCCACCAGUCUUAGCCCAGUCCUUCAUUGACAAUGGUUACUGUACUGUUUUUUUUGUCUAGCUAACAGAAUAAAAUAGGAUUUUAGGGUAAGAUUAGCCUCCAAGGUUUGACAUCACACAUUGCACUCAUACUACCGGAAAUUGUAAUUGCAAUUAUCAUUCACAAACAUAAAAUAACUUCCAUACAUCAAAGUAAAAAGCAGCAUAAUAUACUGUAAAAUAAACACAGAAACAAAAACCAAUGUAAAUUAUAUGCAUACUACAGUACUGUAAAUAAAGCCGGUCAAAGAAUAGAUAAAAUAAAGUUCUAGUUUCACCUGACUGUCAAUUGUUGUAAUACUGUGAAUUUAUCAAAUGUUAUUCAUGGUAUAAUGUUCUUGAGUAAUUUUGACAAUUGAACAGACUAUUGUGCAUGUGAUGACUUAUACAAUGAAAAUACGCUGAGACGUUUUGGAGCGAAAAACAAUUAGACUAAGAAUCAACAAUCAGUUUAGAUCAACAAGAUCUAUUCACUUGGAAAUUGUGCUAAACGUAGGCUACAUGUACUUAAUCAUUUGCAAAGAUGUACUGAGACAUUGAGACAUGUACUUAGACAUUUACAAUUUAACCAAAUGAAUGAGAAAUUCAAUUCUGUAUUGAGAAACUGCUAAGUCGUUUGGAGGUUUGUCCAUGUUGUUUUGAGAAUGUCAUUUCUGUUUCAAAAAAUGAGCCAAACCAAUGGAGAAAAACUAAUAAUCGGAGCGGGAAAGAGACACAGUUCUCUGAGAGCGAACAGGAACGUGAGCUUUAACUCUUAACGUGUGCGAGAGUAUAUACGGAAAAUAAUAAUUAGGAUAAUGUUGUGUAAGGGAAACAUUCAAGUCAGUUUUUGUUUUUAAACAAAUGUAUGUGAAACAGGAAAAGCUAGACGUAGUGGACGUUCGAGAACACUUUUGCCAAUAAAUGUUUGGUGUCCAAAUUGAUAAUAAAACGCACACGCUAACAGGGCGGUGGCCUGACGACACACCUACUUAACCAAAGACCAAGCACUCUUGUAUUAAUAAGCUUUUUAUCCAGCUAUAUUUUUGUACUUAUUGCAUUUAUUUACUGUUAUUACAUUUGGAAUAAAAUUUUUAAAAAAAUAUAUAGUACUUGUAUUACAGCAAUGAUAUAUUGUUAUGUUCUCGUCGAUCUGUAUUAUGUAGUAAUAUAUUUUUCACAUGCAGCUAUAGGACGUAUGUAAAACUAAACAUUUGUAAGUUUGAAAAGAACAUGAUAUUUUGUAUGCAAAAAAAAAAAAUUAAACUGAAAUGUGGUACCGGAA